AUGGAAGUACUUCUCAGGAAUUUGUCCCUAAGAGACUUAAGGCAAGGUGAUCCCCUUGCACCUUUGCUAUUCAAUAUAGUAGUGGAAGGCCUUACCGGGUUGAUGAGAUCAGCAGUAACAAAAAAUCUCUUCAGCAGCUAUCAAGUGGGAAAGAAAAAAGAGGAAGUUAAUAUACUUCAAUAUGCAGAUGACACCUUGUUCUUUGGGGCUGCCACUAAUGAUAAUGUUAGAGUUUUAAAGUGUAUCCUGAAAUGUUUUGAAUUGGUUUCUGGUCUAAAGAUAAACUACAAUAAGAGCCAAUUCGGGUGUCUGGGUAAAUCUGAAGGCUGGUGUAGGGAAGCAACUUCUUUUCUCAACUGCAGUCAAUUGGAAUUUCCCUUUUCUUACCUUGGAAUUCCUGUAGGGGUGAGCUCUAAAUGCAGAAACAACAAUGUAGCCUCUCCUUGGUGGAAAGAUCUCAAGGUUGUCUUCCAGCAGCAGCAAAUCAACACAUUUUGCAAUCACCUGAAGUGGAAGCUGGGAUCGGGUGAUAAAAUUAGCUUUUGGAAGGAUAAGUGGCUGCAUGAUAAUCUGACUCUCCAACAGAAAUACCCUACUUUGUAUCAAAUCAGUGGCCAACAGUCUUCUACAAUCAACCUAAUGGGGGAAUUGGUAGCAGAGAGGUGGGAAUGGAAGCUAAAAUGGAGGAGGCAUUUCUUUGACCAUAAAAUCCAACUGAUAGUAGCUUUCUUGGCUGAGCUUGAAAAUGUCCACAUUACUCAGUCCAGCAGGGAUUCCCUAAUUUGGCAAGCUGACCCUAAUGGUAUUUAUUCUACAAAGUCAGCUUAUACACUGCUGCAGGAGGCUGAUAGGGAGGUUCUUGAGGACAGUGCAUCGAAGAUAAUUUGGUCCUUGCAAAUCCCUCCACGAGCAACAGCGUUUUCAUGGAGAUUACUCAAAAAUAGGAUACCCACCAAGGCUAAUUUGAGAAGACAGGUGGAGAUGCCUUCAUAUAAUUGCCCUUUAUGUGAAUCUGAAGAGGAAACUACUAGUCAUGUUCUGUUCAGCUGCACUAAAACAAGGAUCCUUUGGUGGGAGGCUAUGAGCUGGGUUAAUAAAGUGGGUCCUCUCCCCAUAGAACCAAAUAAUCAUUUCUUGCAGUUCUCACACUGGAAUGCGAAAAGAAGCACAAACAAAAGAUGGGAAGCAUUAUGGAUAACACUGUCUAUGACCAUUUGGAAGCACAGAAACAACAUGGUCUUCAAUAACCAGCUCUUCAUCCCCGAAAAAGUCAUGGACGAAGCAUUAUUCCAUACUUGGUCUUGGCUAAGGUGUAUGGAGAAGGAUUUUAAUACCCACUUUAACCACUGGUCAUCUAAUUUGAGGGAGGAAUUCUCUUAG